AUGUGUCUCGCUGCAGUGACGCUGUACGGCGUGUUCACCAACCACUACUCUGCCAAUGGCCCGUCUCGCUGCCUGCUCCUGGAGCUGCUGGACAUCAGCGUGUCAGAGCUGCUGCUGCACUCCAGCAACCAGGGCUGCUCCAUGUGGAUGAUCCAGCACUGCGCCCGAGAUGUUCUUGAAGCCCUGGCCUUCCUGCACCACAAAGGCUACGUGCACGCAGACCUCAAGCCACGCAACAUCCUGUGGAGCGCAGAGGAGGAGUGCUUUAAACUCAUUGACUUUGGACUUAGCUUCAAAGAGGGGAAUCAGGAUGUGAAAUAUAUUCAAACAGACGGGUAUCGGGCUCCAGAGGCAGAACUGCAGAACUGCCUGGCACAGGCAGGGCUCCAGAGUGAGACGGAGUGUACCUCUGCUGUGGAUCUGUGGAGUCUGGGAAUUGUUUUACUGGAAAUGUUCUCAGGAAUGAAACUGAAACAUACAGUCCAAUCUCAGGAAUGGAAGGCAAACAGUUCUGCCAUCAUUGAUCGCAUAUUUGCCAGUGAAGGGGUGGUUAAUUCAGCCAUUCCAGCUUAUCACCUCAGAGACCUUAUCAAAAGCAUGCUUCAUUGUGACCAAGGAAAGCGAGCCUCUGCCGAGAAGGCUUUAUGCAGCCCGUUCUUCAGCAUUCCCUUUGCUCCCCAUAUUGAAGAUCUGGUGAUGCUCCCCACGCCUGUGCUGAGGCUGCUGAAUGUUCUAAGCGAUGCUUCUCUGCAGUGCGAAGAAGAGUAUGAAGAUAUCCUGGAAGACAUAAGGGAGGAGUGUCAGAAAUACGGACCGGUAGUUUCUUUGCUGAUUCCAAAGGAGAAUCCUGGUAAAGGCCAAGUCUUUGUUGAAUAUGCAAAUGCUGGUGAUUCCAAAGCUGCCCAAAAAAUGCUGACUGGAAAGAUUUUUGAUGGCAAGUUUGUGGUGGCUACGUUUUACCCACUGAGUGCCUAUAAGAGAGGAUAUCUGUACCAAAACUUGCUGUAGGCAGUAGCAACAAUCAGGAGAGUUGUCUUGCUCCUCUUCCUCACAUGUUUUACAGUUGAAUGUAGAAAGGAGCUUCCUA